AAUAAGCGUUUGACGUUUUUUAUUUUUUGGAGUAUGAAUAUUUAUAUCUCAUAGUCAGACUGAAUAUAUAAAGAAGUGCAUUAUGUAAAAAUUGCGGAUGAAGUUACAAAUAUUUGUUAAACGUUUUAUAACACAAACUAAAUGUAACGAAUGAAAUAAUAAAAGCGUUUAUUCGACUUUCCAAAAAAUAGCAUGGAACAAUUAUUGGAGAAUGUUUGCUGUAGCUUACUUUCUGUUCUUGGUUUCUAUCUUACAAUAUUACAAGAUUUUUAGUCAAGAAAGUUAGAAGAUAGCAGAUUUAUCAUUAAAACUUACGAGAGUUGUUUUAUAAAAAUUUUAGCCUUAUCGCUUUACCAGACUCGUUUUGGAAUGCACACAGUCGGAUCAGUGGUCUAAGUCGAAACAUUAGAUAUAGCAAUUAGCUGUUUCCACGUUGGAACGAUCAUCGGCAAAUCAGCGAGCCGUAAACUGUUUAACACAAGAAGCCGCGAGAAAUGUUACUUUCGUUUUUCGUGGGGAAAUCGUAUUUGAUCGAGCAACGGUUGCAAAAAUUGCAGGAAAAGUGUUGCAAGGCUACGGGCACGCAACUCGAUGGAACGAUCGAGCUAGGAGAAAAAAUCGAAGAGAUUCGUUAGAAGUGACGAACAAGUCACGAGAGGAAUAUUUAAAAGGAUAAAAAAACGACGGAACUCGAUAUCGGAGACAGGCGAGGAAAGACGCAGAACUUACAGCCGAUUUAGAAAGCCUGUGGACUGUACAAGUAAGAAUUUAGUUUCCAACGAGUACACGUUGAUGCAUAGGCAUAAUUGCAUCGAGGAAAGGUAGUACGGUAUACGGAUAUUUAUAAAUAUUAGAUACUUAUAAAUACGCAUAUCAAAUACAUAAUCAUUCCGCAUUUUUGGUGAUUUACCGUUGCAUGAAAACUAACAUUGUGUAAAAAGACAGAACCUUCUUGGUUUAAUGAAAAUCUCAUUUUAUAAAGAAGAAAAAACGGAAAUAUCAUCUAUAAAUUAUAUCGUGAUGUUGGAAAUAUCCAUCGAAUAGUACGAAAAUUUAUAAACGAGAAAAAUUAUAAAGAAUUUUUGGCGAAAUUAUGAGUUACAGAAUUUGAUUAUAUUAUUUUUCGAAAGAAAAUCAUAAAUAGACUAAAUUGCUAUUUUGGGUCACGGAAAGUAAGAAUACCUAACAUCGUAGCGAAUUGUGACUUCAUUAUCGUGAUAUUCAACGAUUGGAGUUCGCCUCCAUUCACAAAGAAGAAAAACAGCACUGUGAGGCAGCAAAUUUGUACUGGAAACAGCAAAGCAAGGAGUUUACAACGCGUUAAACAGAAGGCUAACACCGGAACUCGAUUCCGGGAACAAGAAGAUCUUUAGUAAAUUUCUCGACUAUUAACGAACAUCAGUCAAUUUACAACGUUAUAACAGUUCUUAAACAGUGCGUAACAAAGAAUUUUAUAACAUCUCAUUGUUGGAAAAUACUCAAGCAAUCUUUAUGAUCGCAAAAAGUAGGGAAUUUUCGUUGAAAACAUGACUACAGAGGGAGAAGAUACAGUAUCGGUAACUCCUUGGUACACAAAGUUCUUCGAAUAUUGGAGAAACAGAAAUCGAGUGGGUCCAGGUAAAGUGGAACUUCCCGACUGCGACUUCUUUAUCGUCGAAUCACGGCGAACCUUAAGGAUUCUGAAGCCAACGUUGAAAAGUGGCUGGUAUUACGACAACACGAACGAGAGGCCUGAAUCCAUCGCUGACAAUUUCUUCACCCGUUGGUCCAGAAGAUCUCACUCGCCCAGUAACUGCAGAUGCUCUUUUCGACAAUCGAAACGAGUAAGUACUGCCGAAGAACAAAUCAUCUCCGCCGAAUUGAACAGGAUUAGGACGAGCCUCUGCGAAGCGGAGGAAAACGAACGCGCAAUCGAGGAACUCGAACAUAGGGUGUCGGUAAAUUUGCAGAAAUUUCAAGUUUCUGAAGCCGAAGACGAACCAGCUAAAAUAGAGGAUAAGAGUAUCGGCAGGAUGAACGUAAUCGAUCAAGUUACCUAUGAUACAACCGAUCAACAGGUGGACGAGCAAACGAUCAAAAGUAGAAUCGUGAAGGAUCUAGAGAAGUAUAUCAACGUGCUCCUCGAAGAGAUAUUGGACGACACGGUGAAGUACGUCGCAGGCACGAAGGACACUCUUAUCAAGGAUGUAAGAAGCUCUAAAAAGAGAAACGAUUGUUCGACGUCGCAACGAUCGAGUCACGAUAAAGAGAAGUUGAACAAAAGGAGGAAACCAACAAACGAGGAAUCCUACGACACCGAGGAAUCGUUCAACGACAUCAGCUUCUCGUUUCAUCCGGAAAGGAUCGAACAGAACGAAAAAGAAUCGGAGCGACGUGAAAGCGACAGCAACGAGGGCUAUGUAAACCGUGGAUUCAUCGGCUCGACGAACGAUCCCGACUCGUUGGAUUUCUACCUAGGACGAUCGAUCGACACGGAAGUUACUCUGGAGCAACUGGAUUGCAUUGAUUCCGGGAUAAACAGCGUUGAAACGAUCGAGUUCCAACCGGAUCAGGAGCCGAGCCUGGAGCAAUCCUUGUUGAAGAUCAUCGACGAGAAGCUCGGUAGAACGGCUUUGAGGAACAGUUGGGAAGACUUGAGCACAGGUGGCCAGGAGAACGAUGCUCAGGGCCAGCCGACAAAGAGAAUGGACGAGGAGAUGGUGUUUCCGAGAAGUGGCGAGCAGCUGAGCAACGAUCCAAGCACCGAGAGAUCGGAGGUCACCGGGAAGAAUGAUGCGGAAAGGAGCGACUCGCAGGAUUCGAACGUUCAAACCGCUCGAGGAAUCGAUAUCUCGACGGAUAAUCUCGAGAGUGGCGUACCCGCGGUGGAUCUGAAGGAGCUAGAGGAAACUGUUAACGAGCCCAGUUUCGAGAAACUGCGGCUGGAAUUCAAGGACAACGGCAACGAGUCGUCCUUCAGGGCCAAAAAGGGUAACGCGAUUGCUAAUCUGCGAGAAAAGUUCACCACGAACCCGCACGACUACGAUUCUGAUCGGUGUUCUUUGGGAAAGAGCAGUUGGAACGAAAAAAUGGGCACGUUCGAGAUGAAGAAGGAAGCCGCCGCCGCGUCCAUCGAACUCGAGGAUUACAGAAAGACGUGGCCCAACAUCGAGGAAAAUGCCAUCUCGGUCGAUUAUAAGGAAAAUCCUCGAGAUUUAGUUACGUUUCGAAAAAAUCGAAAGCCAAUGAUCGUGUUUCUUCAUGGUUUCGGAUCGUCAGCGGAGAUCUUCGAACACCAGCUUCGAUAUUUCUCCGCUUUGGGUUAUCCUUGUAUCGCGCCGGAUAUGCUGGGACACGGAAUGAGCUCGGCACCUGGACGAUCCAGAGAUUACCAUUUUAGCAAGCUACUCAAGGAUUUAGAUACUAUACUGUGUCACUAUGCUUUCAAGCCUGGUCAGAAAUGCGUCCUGGUAGCGCAUAAUUAUGGAUGCAGUUUUGCAGCUGCCUUGGCUUGCAAGUACGACAGUAGUAUCCAUCAGCUAGUCCUGAUAUCUGGAGGUGGUCCGACAGCUUUAGCAGCACCCAGUACCGAAAGCGCCGGCCACUGCUGCCUCAGAGCAAUCCUGACACCGUUUUUAAUGUGCGGCCUUCAUAGAGAUAUAUUAUAUUCCGCGAGGGGCCGUCAACACCCUUACUGUGGCCCUGAGCCACCAGAACAAUGGCCUUCGCACAUGAAAUAUGUUUUGGACGGCAUGGUCUGGCCGGAAGGAGACUACGUGUUCCAUAGAAGGAUAUGCACGCCGACGCUUCUCAUACAUGGUUUAAGGGACAACAAAGUGUCACUCGUGCAGGAAUGCCAAAUGGAGAGGACCAUGAUGAAAGCCUUUCUCGAAGCGAUUCCAACUGCUGGUCAUACUCCCAUGACUGAUUGCCCAAAGCAAGUUAAUCACAUGAUACAUUGUUUCAUAGAUUUGUGGAAAAACAAGAAACGGUAGCAGUAAAAUAGGCAAAAAAAUGUCUUUGCAAAAAGGACUAUUUGUGGACCGAGUAAUUAUAAUAAUAAUAAUAUUAUAUUUAAAUAUCAAGUUCUUUGUACGGGUAUUUCACUCAUUGUACAUGAAACAGAGAGAACAACAAGAAAUUAUAGUGCCUUAUGCUUAAUUUGCCGCGGCAAGAACACCGAAACAAAGAUUAAGAUCUAUUGUACAUAAUUUACAUUUUACGCUGGUAAAAAUUCGUUUGUAUAGAAUGCUAUUUUAUAGGAUUGAAAUGAAGUAACCAAUUUUCUGUAUAAUUAUUUUUUUAUAAACUUUCGUGUAGUGCCGUAUAGCCGGAUAUCCAUGUUUGUAAGGUUGUAUAAGUCUACAGAGUAACUGUGCCAAAACAUGUACACGAUUAUUAAGUUGUUCUCUUUGAAUUUAUCAAUUCAAUGGUCUAUUUGUAAAUGAAAUUAUAAAAUGCAAUGUGGAGGCUAUAUAAUAGCGUAUAAGUUAUACCAAAGAUGAUUUAUACAGCGUUAUUUUAUGUAUUCUACCGGAGUAUAACUUAUUCGUUUACAAUAAAAUUGUGUACAGAUA